CCGGCUCGCAGGGCGCUGAGGCGGGAGGCGGGGCGGCGCGUGACCGCGAGCGUCUGCUGGUCGCGCAGGUACCAGAGCUGAGGCACUGGUGUUUGAACUGGAAACUCCGGACCCUUUGAAGGAAUCUUCAGAACAGCUUUGAAUCAGACAAGUGAGGUACCCAUCGGAAGUGGCCUCUGCCUGUCCAGCAUGCCCUCUUCCCCCAUGGGGCAUUCCGGAUUCCUGCUGGUGCUCCUGACACCAGACCACUGGGUCUGACUUUUCCUGUGCGUCCAGUUGAUCUCGCUGAAAGGAGUGAAGAUACUCCUGCAGCCAAAAUGCCUGCAAAGAAGGAAGUAGCACUUCCAUGCUGAAUGAGACGUGUCAGGUGGCACUUGUGACAAAACUGAAACCCAGCCACGCCUGGAUUCACUGGACUGGGAACAAAAAAGUAGUCCAGGGGAAGAAACCCAGGUGAGGAGGAUGAAGUCUGCCGGUGAAUAAAUGGCCACCUUCAUUCCCCCAGAGAUAAAGCCAGCCUCCUGGUUGAACUACUUUUUUCUAUAUGAUGGUUCCAAGGUCCAGGAAGAAGGAGAUCCAACCAGAGCUGGCAUCUGUUAUUUCUACCCCUCCCAGACACUGCUGGACCAACAAGAGCUACUUUGCGGCCAGCUUGCUGGAGUUGUCCGCUGUGUCUCUGAUAUUUCGGGUUCCCCUCCUUCUCUCAUCCGUCUGCGGAAGCUCAAGUUUGCCAUAAAGGUUGAGGGGGACCACCUGUGGGGCCUGGGCUGUGCUGUGGAGCUCGCGGACGUCAGCUGCACGCGGCUUCUGGAGCAGCUGGCCGGGCUCUUCACGUUCUACAAUGGCCCCGUCUCCCUGGCCUACAAGAACCGUUCUCGGGAGGAGCUGAGCUCUCAGUGGGACACCUUCAUCUCACAAGUCCUGGGGAGCACCAGUGAGCUGCACCGGACCUUCAGUGCCCUCUGCAACCUUGACCACACUAAGGUGGAGCCCCUGCUGCUUCUGAAGGCAGCCCUCCUCCUGCAGACCUGCCAGCGCGCGCCUCACGUCCUAGCCGGCUGCAUCCUCUAUAAGGGACUGAUCGUGAGCUCCCAGCUUCCGCCCUCCCUCACCUCCAAGCUCCUGCUUCAGCAGGCCGCCCCUCAGGACCAGAGACGACCUGCUGCAAGGGAUGGCCCGCAGGAAGCCAGAACAGCACUGCCCCCUAACGUGUGGAUCACCCCUGUUUUCCUGAGCAAAGAGGAAGCCAGCAGUCUACAGGAAUUCCAAGUGGAGCGGGUGACUAGGCUCCAGGAUGGCUCAUUCCAGCACCCUCCCUGGGGUCAGAGCACCUCUGUCCCCGCAGAAAAUGCCAGCAUGCAUGUGGCAUCCACAGCCUGGACAUCAGCAACUCCUCUGGAGCCCAUGUCCCCUGAUAGAGCAUGGCCGAGUGGCAGCGGAGAGAACGGGCUCUUGUCUGGUCAUGAAGAGAAGCGUGUGGGGUCUGCUUGGAACCAGACCUCUGGCCUCAGUGCCUGGCUGCAGAAAGAGCCAGCCUUCUCCCAAGAGGAGCUGGACUUGUCUGCGAUCCACAUUCCUGAGACCGUGUGUGCCCUGGGUAGCAGAGGUCAUUGCUGUGAGGAAUCGGCCAGUGUUACGUGCCAUCCAGCUUCCAUGCCACCUGAGGACACAGGCAGCUGCCUGUCUCCCUGCCCUUUUGAGAGGAUGCCCAAGAAUGGAGCCCUAGAACAGCACAUAGCCCUUCCUGGCACCAGUGGCCAUGCCCCUGUCCCUGGUGCCGACCACACCAGAAGGAGCAGCAGGCCAGUGGCCGUGCCUCUCCAGGGUCUGGGCCCUACGGGAAGCGAGCUCCCCGCAGGGGCACACAGCGUGGGGCAGAGAGGGGAUGGAGGACACCGGAGCAGUGCAGCCCUGGCUCUGGCAUGCGCUUCCCACUUGGCCACCACUCAGGGCCACGGCCCCCCUGCGGACACACUUGACUCCGAGCCGGCCCCAGUUGGGCCCCCCCUGGGACUCGUGCCCAUGAAUCUCUACACUCACAGCGUGAAGGGGCUGGUGCUGUCCCUGCUGGCUGAGGAGCCACUUCUAGGAGAUGCUGCAGCCAUUGAGGAAGUGUACCACAGCAGCCUCGCGUCGCUGAACGGGCUCGAAGUCCACCUUGAGGAGACACUGCCCGGGGACGACGCGUGCCCUGCGAGCCACGCCAGUUCGUACAACUUCACCCACUACGACCGCAUUCAGAGGGUGCUGACUGCUAACCUGCCUCAGGUGGCUGCCUCCCAGGACCGCCGCUUCCUGCAGGCCGUCAGCCUCAUGCACUCGGACUUCGCCCAGCUGCCCACGCUGUAUGAGAUGACCGCCAGAAAUGCCUCCACAGCUGUGUAUGCCUGCUGCAGUCCUGCCCGGGAGACGUUCUUCCAGCAGCGGGCGCCCGCAGCCCGGAGCUCUGGCUUCCCGAACCCCCAGGACUGCGCCUUUCACCUCGCGGGCAGAGCCAAGCAGGAGUUGCUCAAGCACGGAGUGAGCCUGCUGUGAGCUGCUCUGGUCCAGUGUCGCCAGGGCCCCGGGUCCCUGGCGGGAAUACCUGAGAUGGGCGGGGCAGCUGUGGUUCAUUGCAUCUGUGCCUGUGUGGUUCAUCACAGCUGGUUCUCAUGGUAAUCAAGUGUUUUGGGGUACCGCGGUGCAGACCACAGGCUAAAGAACUGUUACCAGAAUCUCAGUUAUGCAUUCACUGAAAGUCCCUGAUGUGCCAUUUGAAAACUGGGAUGCCUAUAGUCUCAUGUUUAUGAUGUUCCUUCUGGAAACAGAUCUCCAAGGGUUCAAAAUAAAAAUGGCUAAACCAC